AUUUUAUUUUGGCCCAAAAUCGACAAAAAUCCAAGGGGUACGUGAAAACCCAGCAACUUCAAGUCACACUCCGAGACUUUUCAAUCAAAUCAAAAAUGCCACAGUAACCUAAUUAGGAAUAUAGUAAAGCGAAAAACGGUACUUUCAGAGCAGUCUAAAUUUUAUGUCUGAAAAUUAUUACUCAGAAUUAUGGCUUGCCGCACGCGAAAAUGUGGAAAAAUUAUUAAAAUUAGAACAAAGUUUGCUUGGAGCAAAAAAGGGGAAAUCAAACGAUAAAGUCACGGGUCAGCUAGUUCCCAUGUACAUCAGAUAUCGGGAGCUGAUUCGUCGUCUUGCACUUUGUCACGAUCAAGUUUGUCAGUCGCAAAAACGAGACCUGAUAAAACAGGUGCUGGAUUGCGCUAUCGGACGAAUGCUCGAAUACAAACGACAGCUAGUUCAAUAUCAGUGUACAGAAUCCACGCAAGUAUUCCACUAGCAGUACC